AUUUGGUAUCUGUAAGUUGAUUCGCAAGAAGCUUGUUCCUUUCAUCCAUUAUAAGCUCAACAUUAGACAACUCGAUGUCAGACCCCAACUCUCCCCACAUCAAAUCGCGCGAUACUCCAUCUUGGGGCUUGUAUCAGCGGGAGAACUUUUGGAAGCUAAAUGAAGGCGAAGUUCCCCAAUUCAACACUCACCCCGACAAACUUGAGGAGCUUGCCAAGCAGAAGUUGACUCAAAAUGGAUGGUACUAUGCAUCUUCGAACGCGGGCCUUUCACACACGCAUCUCGCAAACCGGCAGGCAUUCUUCCGGCACAAAAUCGUCCCUCGCCAGUUAGUCGACACCAACGAGCGUUCAACCCGAACCACCAUCUUCGGUUAUGAGGUUUCUGCCCCCUUUGGAAUUGCUCCGAUUGGCAUCAACAAGAUUUACCACCCGCAAGGCGAACUGCCCGUGGCUAAAGUGGCCGGAGAGCUGGGCAUCCCUUACAGCCUCUCAACAGCCGGAUCGUGUACGAUUGAGGACGUCGCUCAAGCUAAUGAUGCUGGCCGCGCUUCAGCCAUCGAAGCUCAGUCCGCAGACAAGUCCAAGAUCCCAGAGGGCCCGCGCUUCUUCCAGCUUUAUAUGCCCCACGAUGACGAGCUUACCCUCUCUCUAUUGAAGAGGGCUCACGAGUCUGGCUUCACGGCAUGCAUUCUCACCACAGACACAUGGCAGCUGGGAUGGCGACACGACGACAUCGCAACGUCGAAUUAUGCGUUUUACCGCGGUAUCGGUGCUGACUUAGGCCUCGCCGACCCCGUGUUCCGGAAACGCCUCGCGGCUAAGGGAAUCGAUCCUCAGAAGGAGCCGGAGAAGGCUGCCGCAAUGUGGAUCGACAGUAUCUGGCACGGCCGCGCGUGGUCCUGGGAUAAGGCCGUGUGGGCAAGGGAGCAAUGGCAGAAGAUCAGCGGUGGAAAGCCAUUCUUGAUCAAGGGCAUUCAAAGGGUGGACGACGCGGAGAAGGCGGCGGAUCUAGGGUUCGAGGGUAUCGUAGUGAGCAACCACGCUGGAAGGCAGGUUGACGGGGCGAUUGCGAGCUUGGAUGCGCUGGAGAAGAUUGCGGAGAGGGUUGGAGACAGGAUUGUCGUCACGUUUGAUAGCGGUAUUAGGGGUGCGGCGGAUGUGGUGAAGGCGCUCGCGCUCGGUGCCAAGUUUGUUUUCAUCGGGAGGUUGUGGAUCUGGGGGUUGAGCAUCAUGGGAGAGCAUGGGGUGAGGCAUGUGCUGAGGGGGCUGUUGGCGGAUUUGGAUAUCUUGAUGAAUGUGGCGGGGAUCCCAAAGGUGAAGAAUAUUGACAAGGACUUAUUAGAGUCUUUGCCCAAGUCUUAUGGACUGACCUCGGAGAAGAGCAAAUUGUAA